CUUCUAUUUCUCAUGUCAUCUACCGUUAAAUCUUUAUUUGUUACGAACAAAUGUCCUUAUUGCAGUAAAACUUUGAACUCGGGACGAAACCUGCGCGAUCACCUCCGAAGGCUGCAUACAGUCACUGUUGUGGAUCAGUGUCACCGGCGGAAUGACGGAGAUGGGAUCCAUUUCUCGAGAACAAGAACAGCAAGCACCGAAGAUGUGUUCGGAUGUUGCUAUUGCAACCAGUAUUUUUUAUCAAAUUGACAUUUUCCGCUCCCAUAUCGAGCAGCACGUUGCGGAUUCGGUGGUAAAAUUCUUAUCGUAUGUUUUGUUUGGUUUAGCUUUGACCUUUUUUUUUUCGUUAGUCAUUACGACCAAACCUCCGAAAGCGCAAAUACAAAGUGGUCGAUGUGCAGGAAGAUGAAGCAGUGAUUGAGCAAGAUGGAAUGUGGAUGGUAGAGGAUAGAAAUGUGACGGACACGCUUCACCUGCUGCGCAAAGAAAUAGCACGCCGGAAUGAGAAGCUUGAACAGCUGACAGAUGUGGAAUUACUUGUGCUAGAUCACAUCUAUUUCUUUGCCAGGGAACAUCAAGAUAGUGUGCCAGGCUUCGAAAGAGCUGUGCACCGCCAAAUAAUUGAACACAUUCCCUUGAUGAGCAGGAAGAAAAAUCCCAUGCAAUUCUUGGUGCGAUGGUCCAACACAAUUGCCGAGGUUGAAUUUCCAAGCUGGGAAAAUAUCAAAAAAAUCACAUCCGCGUUCCUCAAUGAAGCUAACGAAAGCCGUGACCUCAACCAAGUCAUUGCGGCUGAUAUAAUUUAUUCACUGGCUCCACGACUGAUGCAACCGCAGAGGGCAAACAUGUUGGAGGAUACAUUCGCACAUCGCUAUUUGGAUGCCAUCUUAGAGGCCAUCUUUGGCUCUGCACCGCAGCUGUCCUGUGACUGGGCGAAUGGAUCGUUGCUGCGAUAUAAGGUGCAGCAGAAACAGCAGGAAUCCAAUGAUUCUUCUAAUGAGGAUGAUGCAGAAGAAACCCAAGAAAAGCCAGUCAUUAACAGUACAGUUUUUAAACCUGAUUGGGUUGUAUAUGCUGCAGCGGGGCCCGCAUUGUCAGCGGUUGGGAUUCUCGAGUUAAAAGUGGAUUACAAACGAAAUCCCAACUAUAUGACUGAUUUCGUAAAGCUGGCAAAGGAAAUGAAGCUCAUAUUACAUCAGCUGAUCCAUGCCGGAGUGCAAGAGCCCAUCGUGUGCGGAAUUUUAAUUGAAGGAAAUCGCUUCGAAACUUUUGCCAUGGAUCUUACCUAUGAUGGCAUCUACAGGCUCCUGCGGCUAGGGAAAGUCCGUUUGUGCACGACGCUGCGGGAGUUCAGUCUGUUCCCUGCGGUUUUCAUGGAUAUCAUGACAGUCAAGGACAUUGCAUUGAAAACAGCGACCUCGGUCGAGAAAUGUCAUUGCGCCCGCCAAUUAGGCCAGGCAACAACUGGGCGGACGCCAAUCUCGUGGUUACGCCCAAGCGCAGGGCUCAUUCAACGUGUCGAUUAAGACGUGGCAGUGGCCGCAAUCUCCAGAGAACUUUCUUCCAUUGAGUGGACAGGUCUGUUUGAGUACGUUUCAAAAAAAAAAAAUAUUAGCGCCCGCCAGAUUCUUUAUGCGUUGUAUCAUAUGUCGUUACCUCUGUUGCUGCCUGUGUAUUGUUGUAAAAGCUCGCGUUCGAAACGGGCAUAAUAAGAUUUGCAUUGAAGUCGUCCACUAAAUCUAUUUCAUAAAUUUCCAUUGCCG